AGCUGAUGUCAUUAGACGCGCUAAAGCUCGGUUGCUACUUGAUACAUUUCGAGUUGAACUGAGAAGGAAGCCGGUUGUUAGCUCAAAUAGUGGAUAAACUAGAAACAAUAGAGAGGAUAUUUCAACACUUGAAAAGUUAAAAAAAAAACACUGUUGCUUUACAGUGAAAGACUUUUGCAAACAACAGACAUACUGCAUUUCGAGCAUAGUUUAUUCAUCAAAAUAAAAUAUGGGAAAUAAACAAAGUGGACCUAAGAAGGACAAGGAGGAGAAGAAAAAAAGUGGAAAGAAGAAAAAUACUAAAGGUGAAAAAAGUUCUGAUGAGGAACAAGUAAAUGGUGAGGCAACAGGAAUUGAAACUAAAACAGAAGAACAAGUAGAGAAUGGGGAAGUUGAAGAAGGAAAGACAGAAGAUGAAACAGUUGAUAAAAAGGUAGAAGACAAUAAACGAACUGAGGGAGAUGGUGAAGCCAUAGUAGAAAGUCCUAUUGAAAAACCUGCAGCAGAAUCUAAUACUGAAGUCCCUGCUGCGGAUAAUGCCCCAUCUAAUCCAAAAACAGAAGAAACUAAAGUUGAAGCAGUGGUCGAAGAAGCAGUUAAAGAUGCCCCAGAAGAGAAGAAAGAGGAGGUUAAAGUAGAAACCACAGAGACACCAGUAGCUCCCACGGUUGUUGAAGAACCUAAAACAGAAGCUGUAGUUGCUCAGGUGGAGGAAACAAAGCCGGAGCCACCAGCCCCUCUUCAAGAAACCAAACCGGUUGAAGUUACAGAAGCCUCUCCAGAACCUGUGGUAGAAUCAUUACCAGAACCUGUUGAAUCCCAGCCAGAACCUGUUGUUGAAUCCCAGCCAGAACCUGUUGUUGAAUCCCAGCCAGAACCUGUUGUUGAAUCCCAGCCAGAACCUGUUGUUGAAUCCCAGCCAGAACCGGAAGCACCAGUGGUAACAGAACCAGAAGCACCAGAGCCAAUAGUUGAAUCAAUACCAGAACCAGAUGUGCCUUCAGAAUCAACUGAUGCUCCAGUUGCUGAAAAUAGCACAGAAGAUAUUCCUCCUCCUCCACCAGAACCUCUGGUAGAAAAAGAAUCAACAGAGAAUGGAACAACAGAAGAGAAUGGAACAACAGAGAAUGGAAUAGAGGAAACCAAACCAGAACCAGUUACUAACGGAACAUCAGAGGUAAAUGGACAUCAGAACGGAGACACUAAAGUUUCAACACAGUUUAAAUGGGAAAGUGAAGGAGAAAAUGUUCAGGUUUCUGGAACCUUCAGUGAAUGGAAAGAAAAAUUCACAUUAGAGAAAAGUGAUGACGGUUUUAAAACAACAAUAGAUCUACCUGUUGGUGAAUAUUUCUAUAAAUAUCUUGUAGAUGAUGAAUGGGUGGUUAAUAAAAACGAGCCGGUUAAAUGUGGUGAUGAUGGAGUGGACAAUAAUGUUAUUAUUGUCAGUUAAGUUUCUCUAUGAUGAGGUGAUAUGUUAUUAUUAUAUAUAUUGUACAGACUUCUUUAUAUAAAUAUUGUACAUCUUUCAUCAUUUAUACUACUGUACAAUCUCUGUAUGUAAACAGUGCACUCAAUGGGAUCAUUAUAUAAAAUUUGGAAUUCAUUUAUCAAUUCUAUUCCACUAUGGUGGCAGAACCAGAAAAAUCUACAUCCAUUUGCAAAAUUAGUAAAUCAUUUCUGUUAACGAGAAAUAUUCUGUUAUAUUAAGGUAUUUCAGACUGAAAUAAAUAAAUGUUGUUUGCUUAUAAGUCUGUAAUUUAUUAAGUUACCUUCAGUUAUUCACAUGUGCUUAAACCCCUACUCCCAACACAAUUUUACUCAAAGUAAAAGUAGCAUUGGAUACGAGUGGUUUCUUAAUUCAGUUUGUGAAUUUUGGUAUUUUUACCUUUAAGGUAUUUAAGUUAGGACUUUGUAUUGGGUCAAGCUAAUGUAUAAGUAAUGUUUCUUUUUCUAAAUGAUAAUAUUUAAGCUUACAUUAGUUUUGUUAUUAUACAUAUAAAUAGAGUGUAAAUGUUUACACACAACGCAAGAAUCUGAGAUUGUAGAUGUUUUGUAUAUAGUUAAAGUAUGUAGCUUUAAACCAAAUGUGAUUGAUCAUUUCUAAUUACAUGUAUUUUUUACCAUAUACAUUUAAAUUGUUAUUAUUUAUUUAAAAUCAUAAACUGGGGAAAAGUGAUCUGGAAGUGAAUACUCCUGAAACGGUGAAUUGAUCCAAAAGAUUGAUACAGAAGUUUGAACUGUUUUAUAUGCAAGUGGAUUGUCUUAUUUCUCACCAAGGGGUGUUAACAUCAUGCCAGUCCCCCCCCCCCCCCCUCGUUCAUAGCUCAAUUCAAAAGUUAUUAUACACAAAAACUUUAAAAGCUCAAAUUUUUACACUUAUUUCCAUUCAUUGGCUUAUUAUUGGGGUAUAUUUAAAUGAAGUCGGUUUAUAUUUUGUGCUCAAUUUCUAGUCAAUUAUUUAAAUUUUUAAUUCUUUACUCAUUCAAUUUAUUUAAUAAAUAUAUUUUCAUGCUCAUUUCACUAUAUUAUUUUAAAAUAUAUGAAGAACUGUUUACAUGAUCAUCUAUUUAUCAACUUCAGAAAAAGAUUUGUUUCACACUGUUUCCUGUAAAUGUAAUUGUUUAAGAUGAAGAAAACUUCAUUGCAUAAUAAGACAAUACUAACAAUACUGCAAAUUAACAUUAUCAUUUAGUUAAUACAGAAAUAUUCCAUUGAGAUAUGAAUUGUAAAAUGUUUGAAUACCAAAUCAUAAUUUUUUCAUCUUUUAUCUAUAUAUAGGUGGAAUGAUAGUGGUAUGGGGUAAUUAAUAUUAAUUUAUAUAAUUGCUUUAAAUUCUGUGUUUGUGAAACUAUAUCAUAUUAGUGUUAUAUAUAAAACAAACUACCCAGAGGUCUUAUCAGAAUAAAUUAAUUGUUUUCGUGAAUAAUUACAGGUGUCCGGUAGCUUAAGAAUUACAUAAAUUAUUGGUACUAUUUGGAAUUACAUAUUUUACCAGGAGCGUGGCGAACAAGAGAUAGACACUUGAUCAAAGAAUAAGAUUUAUGGCCCUUACAAUUGUAUCUUAAAAAUAAGGAUAUUUAUCAGUAGAGGGGACAUUUGUAGUUAUUUGAUCAAUAGCACAAGUAAUUGAGCUUGUAAUUAGUGUUUCAUUAAUGUAUAGGACCAACAGCUUAGUAUGCAUGAGACCAAUAUUAAUACAUUUUGAUUAAACUCUGAAAUUGAAAGCUACGGUUUAUGCAAGCGAUACCUACAUAGAAUGCUUUCCAAGGUGAUUAAAAAAGAUCUGAAACUAAAUUUUAGAAACAUUUGGCUGAUAAUUUCCUUACUUCAGUUUCAGAGUUUAUUUUUAAAAAUUUCAUGAUUUGACAAUGUCUGAUUUUAGACAGAAUAUAUUUUCUAGUUCUUUUAUAUAAUACCGUGUAGAUAAAUAUGUAUUUUUGGAUAUAGAAAUAUUAGGGCAUUUUGCAAUCAUGAAAUCAGCAUUUUUUUAUUAAAAUUAAAUGUAUUAACAUUAUUAUAUAUUACAAAUAAUUUUUAGGAAAUUAUAUUUAAUAUUUGACAAAAUUCCAAAAUUUCAAAUGAAACAUAUCGAUUUAUCAUGGUAUAUUUAUUACUUAUGUGUCUUCCCAUAUACUAUAGAAAACCAAGUAAAAUGACCAAAAUGUUUCUUUAUAUCUAUAUUUGAUAUACCAUUUUUAUACGCCCACAUGGAAAUGUGGAUGUAUAUUGCCGUUACCCCUGUCCGUCGUCCACAAUUUCUUGUGAACUAUCUAAAGCCAAAAGUUUUCAUCCGAUUGUUUUAAAAUUGAUAUAUGUUGUUUACAUUAGUGAGAUGAAGGAUCCUAUUGAAUUUCAGCAAUUUCCAUUUAUUAUGUCUUUCAACCUUGUUAAUGCUCGAUUGAUGAAAGUUAUCAUCCGAUAUGUAUGAAAUUUAUAUGCAUCAUUUAAAUUUGUGAAACAGGUUUAUUGAAUUUCAGCAAUUUCUGUCAAUUAUUUCUAGAUUUAUGGCCCUUGUUUUACUUUGUGAACCUUCGAAUGACAAAAGUUAUCAUCCGAUCUGUAUGAAAUUUAUAUGUAUUAUUUAAAUUAGUAAAACAAAAAAGCCUGUCAAAUUCCAAAAGUUUCUAUAAAUUACUUCCAGAGUUAAGGCCCUUGUUUGAGUUUGUAGACCCUUGUGAACGACAAAAAUUAUAAUCUGAUCUGUAUGUGAUUGUCUUGUAAAUGCCCCCAAUUGCCUACAAAUAAAUAAAUAUGCGACAACCCUUGUCGACCGCUCGGAUGAUUUAUCUGCUGUGGGCGUAUGUUAUUGGCAACCUAUCUUUAUAACAUUGUACACCAUAUAUCAUCUUUUGUCAUCAUUAAAUAUAUUGUAUUUAUCUUAUUACAUACACUGUGCUAUAUCAUAUAUGGGGUGCUAAAAAAUUUCAUCUUUUUUAGAGGAAAAAUUAAAUAAUAAAAGCUUGUAAUAUCUGAUGGGUAAAAUUGUCAAUACACGUUUCAGAAUUAAUUUAUAUAUUUUUCUUUGUUUUAUUAAUUAAAAUUAUCAGAUUUCUUUCAGUAACUUCAAAUAAAUUAUGUUUCAUUUGGAUCAAAUAUAUAAUCUUAUAUUUAAAAUUCGAAUUUCAAUUCAUUCUGAUUAAAACACAGAUCCCAUUUUGUUUCGUUUUUUAUAGUUCAAAAUUUUGUUUUAUUUGUCUGUACUACACUAGGAUCUGGAAGAGUUGUUAUAUAACCAGCGUUCUGGAUGGCGUGUGGGUUUAGCCAAUGAAACCAUCUGUUGCAGCGACUUCUUGGCAUGCUAUGCAUGGAACUGUGGGUAAAGGACUAGAAAUGUCGACACUGAUUAAUCAAUAUAGGGUCAAAAGCCGCUCUUACGACCUCUGACGUGACCUUUCACUACAACCGGUCAGAUCUUCAUGUAGUACUGUCCAUCUAAAGUAUUAAAAAAUAAAACUAAAUAUAGAUCUGUAUGUAUCUUAAUCAGAUUGAUUUCAAUUGAAUAUCAGAAUCUAUUUCAUAAUUUUGAUUCUAGAUUGGUAAUUUUUAUUGCAUCUUUAUGUUAAUGAUAUUUUGAAGUAAGGUUUAAUAUUUUGUAUAAUAUAAAAAUUUACAGCAUUGUAUAUUAAUUGCCUGGUACUAUUAUAUUAUUUACUACAUGUAAACAUUGUGUGUCUGUUGUAAUAAAAGUGCGAAUGAAAAAUA